AUGAGGCCUUCCCCUUUUAACAACAGUGACGCAUUACAUCAGCUCACUCACUCAAGGGACUGCAGUGCAGAAGCACACACAGGGCCCUUGGGUCCUGUUUGCUACUGGCACCAUUAUGCCUUUGCCACGUGGGCUGUUGGCAAGACGAUUCUUAAGGAAAAUGUUUCAGAAUAUCAAGCAAAACAGAUAAAGAAAAUCAUGCUCGUGUUGUGCUGGAUCCUAGCAUUGUUUGUCAGUGGGGCAGAAGUUAGAGAGAUUAAUUUGCCAGGAUGUUCCCAUGUUGAACCUCAAAUACGGUAUCGUGCAAUUAGCGAUGAGGUGUUUGUUUUACAAUGUGCUUUACCAGAUAGAGAUGCUACCCAUAUUUAUAACAGCUCACUUCUAAAACAACAUAAGGUGGAAUGGUUCUGGCAUCAGAAGGAUGAAGAGCCACUGAAGGCUAUCAAGGAAAGCUCUAAUCCUGCUCUCCAAGGCAACGCACUUUGGUUUAAACCAGUAAGGGAGAGUGCUUCUGGAGUGUACGUCUGUAUGAUAUGGGAAAAAAUCCCAUGUCUCAAAAUUGUUUUGGAAGUUCAAACAAAGAAGGCAGCAAAAUGUUCAGGUUAUGACACAAAUAUGCUAUACCUUCUUGCUGACACUGGGAAUUCAAUAACUUGUCCUGGGACAAAAUGCUACAGCCAUCUAGAAGAGCCAUACGUAAAAUGGUACAAG